AUGGAUGAGGGUGAAGUAGCUGAAGCACGAUGCGUGUUUAGAGGCAUAGAACACAUUCUGCGUAUCCGAAACACUGAUGGUCACCUAGAAGUAGAAGUUGAAGAUGCCCCUCACAACUGACCAGUGGAGGGGCGAGUUUGAUGCAGAGUUUAUUGAAGACCUUACACACAAGACUGGAAACUUCAAGCAGUUUUCAAUAUUUUGUAACAUGCUGCACUCUGCACUUACUCAGACCAGCGAAUCAGUAACACUUGACCUCCUGACCUAUGCAGACCUGGAAUUACUACGCCAUAGAAAGGCUGGUGGGGCUCAGCGCCAGCCCCCCCCAGCCAAAAGCUCAACACUCAGUUCCAAGCGAUACCUUAUUCUUAUCUACUCUGUAGAGUUUGACAGAAUACAUUAUCCUCUACCUCUGCCCUAUGUUGGUAAACCAGACCCUGUCUAUUUACGGCAAGUGAUUAGAGGGCUCAAGGAGGAGCUUGCUGCUCUUAAGCUAGCACCCAAUGAAGAGAACAAAGAUUCUGAAAUCAGACAUCUGCGUGAAGAGCUGCACAGGGUAACUGAGGAGAAACGAGAGGCUGAGCUUACUUUACAGAGGCUACAGGACAUUGAAAUCCCCAAUGGAAAGGAAGCCAGCCACGCUAGAAUCCUAAAGAGGGCAGUACAGACCUUGGAGUCAGAGCUACAAAAAGAGCGAAGCCGGAAUCAGCGACUCGCCAGUAAGAGGAGGGAGGAAUGCCGUCAGCUAACAGAGCAGCUGGAAGAAGCACGAGCAUUGGAAAGGACCCUUCGUUUGAAGGUGAAGAGUCUGACCACGGAGCUAGCUAUGUACAAAAGAGGACGUGUCACACCAACUGGCCCAUCAUCACAGAGCCGUUCCAGUUCUGCUGGCCGGGGGCCUAUUCAACGCAGUAACUCUCGUGGAGAGGUUGGUGUUCGAAGAGAGAGGUCAACAUCCCGGGAACGAAGUGGACUGAGCUCUGGAGAAGGAAGGACUAGGCAGCCAAGGUUAUCGCCUUCUCCAAUGGGCUAUCCGCCCUCCACGGUUUGAUCCUACAGCCUACAUCCGAGACAGAGAACGUAAACAGAAGGAGGCUGACUUAAAGAAAGGCCGACAAGCAUUGGCAUCCCCAUCUAAUAUAAGAGGACAGAGACGCAGUUCAUCAGUUGAGAGUCUUCGAAGUCAUCGAUCCUAUCAAAGUUCUGGAGAUGAAAUGGAGUAUGUUGAUCCAUUACCCAGCAGUGGUGACAGAAAACAGGCAACACGUGGCAGGAAACCUUUUGCUCCUUCAUCAUGGAAUAGUCGGAAUAGUAGAAAGAAAGACCGAUCAGCCAGCAAAAAGAGGCUUUCCAGCACACCAAACUAUGACAGGAAAAUUGAGAAAGAAAACCGCUUUGACGCAGUCUCUGACUUAUCAGACAUUGAUUCCCGACUUCAGGCCUUGCAGGAUUAUAUGAGGAGCUUGGAUACACGCACCUAA